AUGCGGGGCUCCAGCGUAGCGCAGCACCGCAUUCCGCCGGUGUAUGCGUGCUACUGCCUACGAUCCCUCUCCAAGGCGAAUCAUACGUACGUAGGCUCCACGCCUGAUCCGAUCCGUCGGUUUCGGCAGCACAAUGGCGACGUCAAGCAAGGAGCGUUUUAUACACGCUUUGCGCGCCCAUGGGUCAUGGACAUGCUCGUGUACGGCUUUCCUUCUAAGAUCGCUGCUCUGCAGUUCGAGUGGUCAUGGCAGAUGCCCCAUGUAUCGCGCCACUUGCGUGCUACGACGACGAUGGCGUCUCGUGCUAUCGGCACCUAUACAGGGCGUAGUAUGCAGCCGCUCUUCCCUGCUACGCGGAAACAGACAUCCACUUCUCGACGUGGCCGCAAGAAAGUGCGGUGGCGCUCCAGCGUCGUACCAGAGCAUAAGAUCGCUGUCGUACGGGCGCUUCUAGCGUCGGAACCAUUUUGUUUUUGGGGCCUAAAAGUCGUGCUGUUGACCGAGUACGCGUACGGCGUAUGGCACUACAUGGCGUCACAGGCCCAGGCCUCUACACAAACGCUCCGUCCAUCGUCACGCAUUACCCAACGUGUUCUUCCUCCCGGCUAUCCUACCUAUACGUGUGAUUUCCAUGGCGUGCUCGGCACAGCUACGCCGCUCUCUGUGUCGUCCCAGGCUCGCUACCCACGCCUGCCCGAAGCUGGCACAUGCUCAGCGUGGCAAAAGAAAAAGCGCGCGCCCGAGAGUCUCUUGUACGCCGAGCAGAGUGCAUGGGCGGAGCCUAUCCCACCGGCGCGCGAUGCAGAGACGCUCGGCUUGACCAGGGAGGUCUUGGCGCAAGCGCCAUCGCGCGCCGACGGCGCUGUGCCAUGGGCCGAGAUGCCCUGGAACGAGGCCAUGACGGCUGCUGCCGCCGCCACCUCCUCUCCCCAGCCCUGCUCCUUGUGCGGGGAUGCCAUUGAGGCGGAUAAGCCUCUGACUUAUACCCGCUGUCCCAGCAUCACGGCAUGCCCUCUCUCAUGA